UGUUUCCUGGAGGAGAAGCAUCUGCAAUUUUGUCUAAAACCAACUUUUUUCUGAAAAAACAAAGGGAUGAUCGCAAUGAAAACAUACCAAGUUAAGAAAGCAAUGACUAUACACUUACUCAGUGUGAACAAAUAUCAUACAGAAUGCACUGGCAUUGACAAAAAGUGCAUUGUUCCUGACCCCUGACCCAUCCAUGUGCACAGCAGUUCAUCUCAUCUAAUUAUGCACUGUCAACAUUGGACAUAAAUUAUCUCAAGUGAUAGAUGCCUUGGCUUCUCUGACAGUGCAGCAGACUGAAAGGAACGCUGCUUGUGAAAUCUUAGCAUAUUGCUGCUAAGAUCGACCCUUUUAAUAUCAGAUUACCUAUUUGAUUUGGUUCUAGUGAUUUAAUUGGAUGUAUAGAUUUCAAUGAUUGAUUGAUCUACACUGUCGAUUAAGGAGUAUUUUCGUUAGCGGUUGUUAUCUUUCUCACUGAUUCAAGCUGUUGGGAAUCUGGUCCAGUCUUUACAACAAGAUGUCAGAACCGGCACCAUCUGACACCGCUGUGCCAGCAGCCACUGAUGCAUCAGGGGAUGCUAAAACUGACGCCAAUCAAGUACCCGUCAAAGAAAUGAGGAGUAUCGUCCUUCAAGGGUAUGGCGGAUUAAAAAUGGUCAAAGUCGUCAAAAAACCUGAAAUGAAACCUGGAGAAGGAGAGGUCCUAGUUCGUGUCAAAGCUUGUGGUCUUAACUUCUUGGACUUGAUGGUGCGCCAGGGUGUGAUUGACAACCCACCCAAGACGCCUAUGACGAUGGGAUUCGAAUGCGCUGGAGAAGUAGAGGAAUUGGGAGAGAAUGUCAGUGACUUUGCGGUUGGUGAUCGCGUAAUUGCCUUCAAAGAUUAUGGCAGCUGGGCAGAACUGGUUCCGGUAAAUGCUCAGUACCUUUACAAGAUGCCCACGAGUAUGAGUUUCCAAGAUGGCGCUGCUCUGCCGAUGAAUUAUCUGACGGCAUAUAUGAUGCUGUUUGAGAUCGGAAAUCUUCGUAAGGGUCAGUCGGUCCUGGUGCACUCUGUUGGUGGAGGGGUGGGUCAUGCUGUUUGCCAAUUAACUAAGACGGUAGAGGAUGUUAUAACAUUUGGUACAGCAUCGUACGGCAAACACGAAGCGAUCAAAAAUAACCUCCAUCAUGUCUUUGAUCACGUCGUAGACUAUAGUCAAGAAAUCAAAAAGGUGUGCCCCGGGGGAGUUGACAUAGUUCUAGAUUGCCUCUGCGGUGAGGAUACGAACAAGGGUAUCAGUUUGUUGAAACCGAUGGGGCGCUAUGUUCUUUAUGGGUCUUCCAAUAUAGUUACUGGAGAAACAAAGAGCUUCUUUAGCUUUGCUAAAUCGUGGUGGCAAGUGGAUAAGAUCAACCCGAUCAAGCUGUACGAUGAGAACAAGACCAUCUCAGGCUUCACGCUGCGUCAUCUUGCUUUCAAACAAGGCAGGCACGAGUUCCUGAGGGAGUGUAUGGAUAAACUCUUCCAGCUUUACAACCAAGGCAAGAUUAGGCCCCAGAUUGACUCCGCUUGGGCCUUUGAAGACGUGUCUGAGGCCAUGCAGAAGAUGCAUGAUCGUAAAAACAUCGGCAAAAUCAUUUUAGAUCCUGGACUACAACCAAAACCAAAGGUUGUGACUGAUGACCAGAACAAACCUGAGAAUUCUGGUGAGAGUCACGAGGGAGGAGAUGAAACCAAGCCAAAGGAACAAGCAGCUGAGCAGUGAGAUCAAGGUGAUCACAUCUGUCAGACUUGAUGUGUGAUGUUGUGUCAACAAGUUUGUGUAGAGAUGUUUCCCAACGAGCAUCUAGUUUCACCAAGAACACUAGAGGGCAUUCCAUUGAUGAGAUUCCAUCGAACAAAAAAGCAUAGACCGGAGUUUCCCCCAAUAAUAGAUCUGCUGAAAUGACGAAAUUAUGCGAUCAAGAAAGCAGAGCAUUGGGGUUUAAAUUAGGCUUAUUUAGAAGAUGUAGUGCGGUGUAUCGCAAAUGCCCAAUGGAUAUUACUAGGCUUGUAUCGUACUUUAGCAAGACAUCAAUGUACGAGGAUGUAUUUGAGAAAUCUGUUGAGAAAUCUUCAGUUAUCGAACGAUCACCCCUUUGGGGAUUAGUGAAAGAGUGAAAUAAUAAGUGGCUUAGUUAUUGAUGGGAAAGAAGUAUAGCAUGCAGCGUUGCCCACGGAGGCAAGAUUUUGCGUCUUUUGUUAUUGUUUUGACUUCUUUGCUUGUUGAGAAAUAACCUGUAACUAUCUGUAGCUUAUUAACUCUUCUUUUCUGCUUCCUAAUUUCCGUCUGGUUUUCUUUAGUCCCCCCCCCCCUAUUUAGGGCUUAAACAAUUGAGAAAUUAGAUGUAAACUAUCAGUAUCAUGACUUCGCAUGUGGCUUAUAAAAGUCUACCGAUGUCCUAUAUAACCUGUGUUAACUGAGAAAUUAGAAAACGUUUACAUCACAUAAUGUUGUGCAAUAUUGACGAGCAACAGUUACAAAGUGACCUUUCCUCUGCUAUUAUACAGCUUCCGGGCCACCAAAGAAUGAGUUCCACUUCUCGUUAACCCAUUGAGGCCUUAGUUUUCAGGUCUUCUCAUGAAAAUCAAUAAACGGAUACUUGUUAUCAUAUCUUCCAUGCCAAACGCACAUAGUUUUGGUCAAGUACAAGUUAUUACAGUGAAACGUUUCAGGGAUGAAAAAAGAAAUUGAGAUGUCUGGCACAAGGUUUGUCUGUUAUCAGAAUGCUUCCAAUUGGUUGAAACUGAGCGCGAGUUCUAGCACUGACCAAUCAAUGUGCUUCUUUCAGUUUGUUUCGGCAUUCGUUUUGCAUUUGUUGGAAGUGGCCUCAAUGGGUUGAACAAUUUUCUUGUUAAUAUUUUUUCACAUGUUGUUGCACUAUUGUUACAAUGAUAAUGUUAUUGCCUAUUCCUGGUGGGAAUCAAUCUUUGGUGGUCAAAGAUCACGACUCUGGGAUAAUGAGGGAACAUAUUUCAGCCAAUAAGGAUUCCUAACUGUGUCAACCAAUGUUGCUUAAAUGACGUUAUGCUGACAUUGUUGGGCCAAGGUUUUGUUCUUUUGACUGAUUGCUGAUAUUUGUGCAAAGAUCCCAACUGAAGUAUGACACCAACAUAUAAUUGGUUGAAUCAUUUUCAAUUUCAACACCUUUCUUCCUGUUGCUUUUCUUUCGAUUUUCUACUCCACUGACGUAUCAUGUUGCGAUUCUGUAUAUUUGUCCCUGUACUUUGAUUACAAUCUUGGGGGUCUGUGCCUUCUGUACUAUACUCUAGUCUUGAGAUGACGACAAGGGUGUCUCGAGAUACUGCUGGCUUGCCACUGUUUUAGUUUACAGAGUUCCUGUAUAGAGGGCAUUUCAAGGAGGUAUCAGACAUACACAAAUCAUCUCCAAAGUGCACGUUUUUAGAUAUCCUCUAAUCAGCACAGGAACUAGGCAGUUAUUUCAUUACUGCCGCCCAGAAUUAUCCUGAGACACUCCUCUUUAAAUAUUUUCACUCUUAUGGGCAGAGGAAAAAUUGAAAAAGAAUUAACACGAGUUCUUAAAAUAUUUGGAAAAUUUUACUUUUUUGUAAACAGAACUUGAAAUAAGUACCUUUUCUGGCAUAUUUUUGGUGUUACUGUUAAGAUUUGAAAUGAUAUGAAAUUUGUGGUCUUCCAUUGUCUGAUAUUUAUCCUUGAUAAAAUGAAUUAGGAUUGCUUUCAUGGAAUCAUGUAAAUUUUCCCUCUGCCCUGGAGAUUGUAGCAAGUGUAAAUUGAUCUAUACUAAUCUAUACUUGGUAGUAGGGAUAUACAGCGCCAGUAGUUGAGGAUAAUGUUUGUCAGUUAAUGUGAUCAAAAUUGCAUAGUAAGAUGUCGUUUCGGCAUAUUUGAUACAAGUUGCCAGAGUAUUUGGUAAUUGUCAUUGUAGCCCAGUAAAGGUUUCCAGAGAAUUUCCAGUGGAAAGUCUGAUAGGCUCGGUGAGCAAGAAUAUUUCUAAAAAUUUCCAAAAAUUUCCAGCAUAAUGUUUCUGGAUGCCUUUCAGUAGACAAACAUUCAGCUGGAAGUUUUAACAAUUUAUGAGUGCUUGGUCAGCAUUUGUCCCUAUGAUAAAAAAAGACAUUCUGUUGAGCUGGAACAAAAUAUUAGCAAAAUAUUCCAAUUUUAGAAGAAAAAAAGCAAAUUCAGAUGUGUUCUUUUGUUUACUUGCUCUCUCCACUGGGUCUUCAACACACCUGCUGGGUUAUAAUGACCGUGGAAUAACAAUGUUAAGUUUUUCAAACCUGCGUGACUGCCAGAGUUUCUAAGCUGAUAGCAGGAAAGUUGACCUUGUUUGACAUAGAUUAGAUGUUAUUCGCUCUGACCCAAAAUUUGUGUGCAUUUUCCUUGCAAAAUGUACAGAAAUUUGGGUUCGAGAUAAGAUGAUGUUUAGAGUUAAAUAACUGUGUACCAAUUGUUGUAAGAUUGAAGUUAUUUUAGAGAAAAGUGUUUAUAUAAAAGUUUGUUAUGUAGAUUAAAUUGAAGUUGAAUUGCGAUACAGAAUGGCCCUCCGCAUAGUAUCAUAAGGCCAUUUCACCGGUACAAAAUUGUUGAGUUAUACUAAGAACAAUAGAAUAGUUCACCUGUACCCGUGGAAGAAAUAUGGUCACCCAAACUGGCUGUGAGAUCAAACCUGCCAGUAUUGAUAAGAACUUGUGAAUCAAACAUUUAUUGCAAAAGCAUUGUUUCUGUUGCAAUUGUUGUGUACAUGUACCUACUGUGUACAGUGAGAGUGCCAUUAAUAUAUUUGUAUAUCAACCUUGAAAGGACUGACAGCAGAAGUUAUGUCAAAUUUUAAUGAUUAAUCUUUGGCUGAAGGAAGCAAUUCUGAUUGAAAGUGAUGAACAAACAGCCUGUUAAUGAAAGGCCUAAAACUACCUGUAUGCCUCACAGACUCUAAAAAGGAAUAGUAAAAAUAGACCACCAUCCCUUCUGCUGUUCAGUCCAUCAGGUCGUAUGAGCCUAGCAUGACAACGAUGCCACUAUCUUAAAUGUGAGAAAAAUCUGUAUCCAACGAUUUAAUGCAAUAUAUCAGCAUUUCUGUGAAAGUGUAGACCAUGUAUAGGUGUAAAACAUAACAGAAUGACCUAGAAAAUGUGUCCCGAUGUGAGAUAUAUAAAUGGUGUGAUGUUGUGAGGUAUAUGUGUUAGAAAACACAAUUUUAGGCUGGAAUGACAAACAGUGUAACCCAUGACAUAAUGAUCUUACCAACAAUAGGCAGGAGCUAGGGAGUUUAAUACUGAUUGGCACUUGGUGACAAAUACCUGUUGGAACUGAAAGGGAACUUGACUUGGUGGAUUUGGUCAAAAUAAGUCCAAUUGCAAAGUGUAUAGUGCUCAUGUGGGUGUACUGUGAGGUAGUGGAGACACUUAUUGACAACGUUGUGUAACUUAUUCUGGUCCACCUGGCUCCUACCUGAAGUCUCCCUUUAAAACAUGCUGAGCUGGAGUGUUCCUGAGACUGACAGUAUGUGUACAGUUUAUGUAAUACAAUUGGCUAUGUAGGUUAAAAUGACAUAAUAUUUUUAUGAUUUUUUGCAAGAAGUGACUGGGUCAGAAUCAAAAACAUGAACAUUAGAAGUGAACAAAAUGUCCAUGAAAUAGUUUUUGCAACCUUUUUGCAGAAGUUUUACGAUUUGAAAAAAAAGCUGUGCCAUAUUUUCAGACUUUAUGAAAGCUAUGAAUGUAACCUUAAUUGUUAAAGCAAUUAUGAAUAUUUUGGAUUAUAAAAAGUAGGUCGGCAAUCAUUUGAUAAUAGAUAGAUAAAUAUUUAGAAAAACACAGUGUGUCCCAAAAGAUUGUGAAUCAUGCGGUCUUAAGAGGAAAAGCCUAGACCUCAAACCUAUUACUUGUUGGUACCAAUGUGAACAACUGUUACCUUUCCCUAGGAAUCUCCGAUACUAUUUUUGAUAUUCAAGUUGAGCAAUGAAAAAGAUUUCAGAGAAAAGUGUCCAUCAGAAAAUUUACGAAAAUUGGUGAAAAGAUCUGCACAUCUCUCUCCAUAACCUAAAUUUGAUUUGUGUCUUGAUUUGGCCAGGACAAAAAAAUCCCACUUCACCAAGGCAAGAGAAGACAUAAUAUCUUUUGGGACAUGCUGUAUACACCUCCACUAUAGACUGUGUUCCUCAGCACCUUUAUUGUGAUAGGCGAUGUUAGUAUUGAUGUCUAUUUUUGUAGGAUUUACCUAUCAAUGGUUACCAAAUGUGAUACGACUUGUCUAUAUAUAACAUAUACAUAAACAAAGAUAUGGAAAUGAGAUCUAUAUUUUAUUGGUUGUUGUAUUGAAGUACUUGAUGGAAUAAAUGAGAUGUCUGUGGUAAA